GCGUGGUUUGAGUCGUUGCUGUGAACAGAUACUUCUUUUCUUACAUGAUUUAGUAAACAAUAAAUGUUCCAAAAUCUUGGAUAACGCCGGCGUAUUCUUGUUGUAACCUGCAGGAUAGCACAGUUUCUGAAGUUUUUUUGUUGCUUUAUUUACAGAUAUCUGUUCUCCAGAGCAACUAGACUCUAAGGUUGUACUGAAGUGAAGAGAAGAAGCUGCUUGAACUAUCGUGCAGCGAUCAUUGGUCAAUAUCUAGUCCAGUUGCGCUGAAUAACAGAGCACCGUGGUAUAUUUUUUGAUAUUAUUAUAAUUACUUGGUCGACAAAGGUUCUUCAGACACAUUUUAAACGUUGUUUUUAGAGUCGCGUGACUGCUUCACGUGCCGGUCUGUGUCCACAGCAGGUCAUGUUCCUGACUUUCUUCACCGUUUUCUAUGUCCUCUUUGGUUCUUCCUGUGGUUUUCAGAGAAAAGAAGUGUGCUACGGGCGCAGUGUAGAUAUAGAUAUUUAUUCAUAUCCUUUUUACAAAGGGCCUCUGUAUUUCUAUCCAAAAGCAGGAGGAGCAAGGAAAUUACUGAUGGAUAAUCGACAGGCCAUGGAUGCACGGCUCAAAGUGCGCUAUUCCAAAGUAAAAUUGACACAGUUGACUGAAGCCGAUAAUGGAAAUUUUGUUAUUACAGGCAGUGAUGGACAAAACUUAAAUCUAUUUUCACUGAAUGUCUUGGAUUGUUCUACAAAGAAACCGUUGUUUUACGAGGAGGAGUUUGCGCACAAUGUUCCUAGACAAGCUGAACUCAGAGAGUUCACUUUAUCUCAGGUGGACAAUAAUGAAUCUAAGCAUACGAAGACAUAUGUAAUCGUGGCUGUCGUGGUUGCUGUUGGGCUUCUCCUCUGCUGCUGUUGGUGCUGUUGUAAAGCGUGCUGCUGUGGUGAUGAAAAGGCUCAAACAGUACAGCUUAUAACAUAUAAUCAUGAUUUAAAUGAGCCUGCAGGUCCAGGAUCUACUGCUCCACCUUAUUCUGCAGUUUUGCCCCCCCUAGAAGUGAAUGUUGGGAUUUCCCAUGAUGCUGCAGCUGCUUCCACUGGACCUGUGCAGUCAUACCAACCAACAUUUCAGAUUAAGAAUAUCUCUCAGCCUGAGGUCACACCUGUUGCGUCAGAGACCUCUGCUCCAUCUUCAUCUUUUGGUUACAACCUUCUGUCUGCAGACUAUGAACCAGUGUUUCAGAUGACACCACCGACCAAAGAGACGUGUGCUCCAGUUUCAGCCUUUGGUUCCAACAUUCUCUCUUCUGAUACUCAGCCGUCGUUUGAGUUGAACAGACUGAAUUUGUCUUCGGAUCUCCCACUUAAUACAGAACAGCCAUCCACUAAUGUUAACAAACCAAAUGAAUUCAACUUUUUAUAAAAAAAAAAAUGCCAUAAAAUCUAGUAAUAUGUAAACUCUUUCAGUUUCUGACUGAAUUUAAAAAAAAAAUGUUCUGUAUCCUGAAUAAAUAUGACACUGGUUGGUGCAUGAUAGGUGUGUUUUUUAAGACUUUAUAUUUACUAUAAUAAUAAGCGGUUAGUAAAUAUUUUAUGUCAUGGAAUAGCUAUUGUUUUUUUCUCAGGUAAAAAAAAACCUCAACAGCUAAAGCUGUUUUUUUAGUUUUAUGUAUAAAUGUAUUUAUCUUAAACACAAUACUGUAUGUUUUGCAUGUAUACAUUAUGCAUCCUUAUAUUCAAAUAAUAUUUCUUCUGGCAAAAAUUCAAUGUGUAAUUUUUAUAUGGUCUUUAAGUCUGUAUAAACCCAAGAACAUGUGGCUUGUAAAGGGUAGAGUAAGCAAGUGUACUUGAAUGUACAAUUUGAUAAAUAACCCAAAACAAGUCUGAUUUAAGAAAUUUAAUUGUAUUUCCGCACUACAUUUUUCCCGACAUGUUUGCUAAUGAUGGGUGUGUCACACAAAAUUGUAAUAUUCUUUUUUUUAAUAUACAAAGAGUUUGAAGACAUCCCUGAUUAAAAAAAACUGUUUUUAAUAUA